AUGAAGUGUGUCAUUGAAGGCAAUGGCGUUAAAGUCUUUGGAAAAGCAGUUCAUGCUCUGUCAAGAAUUGGUGAUGAAAUAUGGUUGGAUCCACUGGAGAAGGGGUUGGCUGUAAGGACUGUCAGCUCAUCUCAGUCGGCUUGUGCCUGUUUCAGCUUCACUCCUCUGUUCUUCCAGCAGUAUAUUCCUGAUCCAGACAUUCAGAAAGGCUGUGAAGCGGUAAAAUGCAAACUAAACAUGAAGUGCGUGCUUCCCCUGUUUCGUUGUGCGUCGUGGAGAGAGCGCAGUGUGGACAGAUGUGAGAUAACCAUCAACAUCCCAAACAGCAGGGUGAUAUUUCAGUUUCACUGCAGACACGGAACAACUAAGAUCUAUAAUUUGGGGUAUCAGGAAUGUGAAGCAUUGCAUGCUGUGUUCCCAGCUCACCUCUGUCCAAAUGUCCUGAUGGCCCAGUCCAAACUUUUAGGUGACAUUGUGGUGCAUUUCCCGGUUUCACAAGAAGAGGUCACUCUUUGCAUUUCCUCGUUUAAAGUAACCUUGAAGUCCUUUUGUGAGGAAGAAAAUAACUGCAUCAAAGGCAUGAACACCGAGCUGAUGCUGCACCCAGAUGAGUUUGACUGUUUUCAGGUUGGAGAGGAUUCAGCCGUGACCUUCUGCCUCAAAGAACUGAGGGGGUUGCUGUCCUUUGCCGAGUCUUAUGGUCUGCCAGUGUCUAGUCAGUUUGGUGUAGCUGGACAGCCUGUAUCCUUCACUGUAAAAGACAUGACGCUGGAGGCCCAUGUUGUGUUGUCCACCUUAACGGAUCCGAACCUCGAGAGCCCAUCUCAACCUGCACCUGGUGGAGUAGAUGAACAGAUCCUAGCCCUUGUCAAACACAACUCGACGUUAGCAGUCCGUAUCAAGGUGGUCUUUGACUUGAGCCUGCAGACGUCAUCAUUUGAAGUACGGUCUAGUAAGGCCGAAGAACCCAAGGAACAGAUGUGGGCUCCAAGUCCCUGCCAGAAACAGAAAACUCAAACAGCCCUCACUCCUGCCAGCAGGAAACAGCCGCCAGUCCAAUGA